CUGCACUACGGGACCCUGCUGGGCAGCAGAGCUUGUGCCACCAUGGCAGCAGCUGCCUGGGGCACCGGGGUUCUCAAUGCUGUGUUGCAAACUGCCAAUACAUUUUCCCUGCCUCUGUGCCAAGGCAAUGCUGUGGAUCAGUUCUUCUGUGAAAUCCCCCACAUCCUCAAGCUCUCCUGCUCAAAAUCCUAUCUCAGGGAUGUUGGGUUUCUCCUUUUCAGUAUCUGUUUAGCCUUUGGGUGUUUUGUCUUCAUUGUUGUGUCCUAUGUGCAGAUCUUCAGGGCUGUGCUGAGGAUGCCCUCUGAGCAGAGACGACACAAAGCCUUCUCCACGUGCCUCCCUCACCUGGCCGUGCUCUGCCUGUUUCUCAGCACGGGCUUUUUUGUCUACAUGAAGCCCCCCUCUCUUUCUUCCCCAUUCCUAGAUCUGACAGUGGCACUUCUGUACUCUGUGGUUCCUCCAACACUGAACCCUAUUAUCUACAGCUUGAGGAACCAGGACAUCAAGCAUGCCCUCAACCAAUUGUUGCAAUAUGCACAAUUCCAGCUUCCAUAA